AGCGACUCCACACGAUCUGUUCGUGAUUGUCACUUGACCAAAGCCUAUAAAGGUCUGCUCAGGGGCACAAACUCUAUUCUGUAGUGUCUUUUGUGUUUAAUUUCUUUAUUUUUAUUGUUUUAUCCGUCCUUUAUUUCGCAUAUUGCCAAUUCACCCCACAGGACAAAUUAUGCACCAAAGUGAAUUGGAGCCAUGAGAACAAAAAAACAAAAACCCAUAAAAACAAAACAGAAUCGUCUGAACGAUAAGGAUAUGAUUUCAAGGAUUUUGAAUAAAUGUAUGGCAAUGAAUUUGUCUAUUAACAAUAAAUAUUAGUUGUGAACUAUAAUAGAACUAUACAUUUAUUUUCCCUCAGUCACAAUUUGCUGCAAAUUGGUUUAUGGUAAUUUAGGAAUUUAUGGUUAUUUAUAUGUCAUUAUUCAUUAAUAAAACAACAACUACAGGAUGCUGUUAGAAAAUUCAUUUGACCCUACUGUGGUUGCUGUGCUUCUUGGUUGGUACCCAGGUGAAUACUGAUAUCUUGUGGCCAAUGCCCUACACUGCAGCGGCUUUCAUAGGGACAUGGUAUAUUCGCCGCUUUGUUGCUUUUCCUGUUAUUAGAUUUAAAUUGUGAAGCUCACAUUUUAAUGUACAAAUAUAUGUUUGUUCAGUCUUCACCGCUUAUUUCUUAAGGCCAAAUACAUUUUAGAUGCAUAAAACAAUGGUAAUGCUACUUUAAAAAAUAUAUAUAUAUAUGUAUUUUCCAUUUUAAUUAACCAAACUACAUCUUUAGGGAAUAUGACUGUAUUACAGAUGCAAAGCUUCAUCACAAAGAAGUUCCUGAGGGAUCCCACCAGAAGUCAGCAGCUCAGCAGCAGCUCUGACAUAACAGAUACCAGGCUAACCAGAGUUAAAGCACAAAUGCACAGGAUAUCGAAGGGUUAAGUAAUGUUCCUCCCCUGAGCUGACCCUCUCAGGCAGCGCUUACUCCAAUGAUAGUGAAUGCUUACUGACAAGAUAAAAAGACUCAAGCCAAAACCAAUAGAAAUUGCUGCCUGAGAACGGCCAGGCAUUGUUUCAGCGAGUUCGACUUGCUGGGAAGAGAGGAAGAGAGGAGACAGUGUGACUGAGCAAAAAUUUCUCAGGGACACAUAACAGGAUUCAUGCCAGAAGACCGGGGUGAUGCUUUGUGGUAUAUCCUGUGCUAAUGAUAGGAUGCUCACAGCCUAAGUGUACGUCACAAGCUGGCACUACGGUUCUUUUGCCAUAACAAGCAUGUAUCAAAACAGUCAAGUCAAAGAAAAAGGAGAAUUUCUAGGCACUGCAAUAUCAAGUUUAUACUUCAACUGUCACGGCCCUGGGUCAUGUGACCCAGUAUGUUGAGUUUUCUGGUGUUUUGUUAUUCUUUUUAGUCUAGUUUUCAUUGCAGCUUAUUUAGUUUCAUUCUGCCAUGUUUUGUGUCUAAGUUUUCCUUGGUUGUAAGAUUCAAGUCAUGGCUGUGUCUUCUUAUGUUUCCUGUUUUAUUUUGAAAGAGCUUGGUGUGUUGUGUUUAUUGUAUUUAGUUUCAUGUGUCCUGUCAUUAUGUUAAUUGUUGUCAGCCGUGUUUCCCAUGUGAUCCGACUCCCCUUGAUUAUUCCUCAUGUGUAUUUAGUCUGUGUGUUUCCCCUCAGUCAGUUUCGGAUCGUCUGUUAACCCCACCACAGUUGUCAUAGGUUUACUCCGUUGUUUCUCUGUGUUUUCUAGUUUACUCAGUGUUCAUAGUUUGUCAUAGUUUUUCACUGAGUGUCUCAGCCCUUUUGUAACACAGUGUUCAUAGCCUCCUUAGUUUCCCUAGUUGCCUGUUUUUCUUCUGCAUCAGCCAAUAAAGGCUCGCUUUAUUUUUGAAACUACGUUUUGUCUCCACCGUGUCUGCACCUGGGUCUACCUCUUUCCUCACACCGGCGCACCCCGCCGUGACAUCAACACAAUAUCACAGCCCUAGAAACUCCACUUUAUCUGUAUCUGAGAACACAUAUUUUGAUGCAUACAUCGAUACUGAUGUAUGAGAUGAAGGCUAGGAUAUUUCAGUUUUAUGUUACCAGUAUUUCAGGAAUGACACACUAAAACAAAAACAGCAACACAAUUUGAUUUCAGUUAUAGAAAACACAACCUAGGUGGACACAUCAAGCAUCACGCAAGCAAACAGCCCCGUGUUUCUCUGAAAAUAAUUUAAAUUCAAGUACUUCAGAAUUGGGGCAGGAUGUUUUACCCAAACACCCAAAUGAAAAACUAAUAUCUGUCGCACUGAAUGAAACAAAACAGAAAAAAAAAUGUCUUUGUCAUUUCUGUAUACACAACAUUGCUCCCACAUGACAAUGGGGUUCUGUGUGUUUCGGUAAACAUGACGGCCAUUUCUAAAAGUCAGAUUCACUCACUCUCGUGUCCAGUUAUAAGAAGCAUGGAGCGAACAAGCAGCAUUAGGUUAAAGGCCAUGGCCAGGCAACACAAGGCUGAAGUCAUGAUCGCAGGAGAACAGCUCAGGCUCAGACUUCACGAUGGAAAACUGAUUAAGGAUCGACGCUACCACUUUCGCACCUACCCUAACUGCUUUGUGGCACACGAGCUUACAGACUGGCUUGUGAGCCACAAGGAAGCUGCAGAUCGAGCAACAGCUGCCAGCCUCAUGCAGCACCUCAUGGACCAUGACAUUUUACACCACGUCUGUGACAAGAGGGCAGAAUUCAAGGAUGCCAAACUGCUGUACCGUUUCCGCAAGGAUGAUGGCACAUUUCCCUUUAACACAGAGGUGAAAAUCUUCAUGCGAGGACAACAACUAUAUGAGCAACUUAUAGCAGACAAGAACUCCAUUCUGCAGCUGAGAGAGGAGCAUGGUGUUACUUAUAAGCGCUCCUUUCCUGGCUGCCAGUUGAUUGACUAUCUCAUUCAGAAUGGAGAGGCAGAUAGCCGACGACAGGGACUGGAGUUGUGCCGUGCAUUGCAGGAGCAUGGCAUCAUUCAGCACGUGGGGAAAAAGCAUGAUUUCUUUGACAGUGGGCUACUCUACCAGUUCUGCAUCAAUUUCCGCCGGCGUCGGCGCCUGUCUGAGCUGCUAACUGAAAAUGAGCAGGUUAAUGAUGAGGCUGUGAUGGCAUCAACACAAGAGGACAACAAUUCUGAGAGUCCCUUUCUUCUACGCAGAAACUCAUCCAAGGAACGCAACCGUGCAUUCAGUGUGAGCUCAAACAAAGACGCCAAACAGAUUACCGGUGGUCGUCGAAGUAGCUUGAGUUCCCUUCAGUUUCACUCUGCUGGAUUUCCACCUCUUCAGCUGUUGUCACACUCAGCAGUACGAUGCAAUCCUAAAUCAGUCCUUAAAAGAAAAGUUACUUGUGAAGAAUUAGUGGCACCUGGUGCACCCUUUAUCAAGAAAGUGUUGACGGUGAUAGGAGACGCCCUGGGCUGGGGCUUUGUUGUCAGAGGCAUGGCUCCUUGUUAUAUGCAGGCUGUUGACCCUGGAAGCCCUGCAGCAGCUGCUGGAGUUAAGGUGCGGCAGUUUGUGUGCCAGGUAAAUGGACAGUGUGUUCUUUACCUGGACUACAGGACAGUAACCAGACUGGUGAUGACAGGACCUCGCACUGUUGUACUGGAAGUUAUGGAACCACUGGAAUGACAGUAGCUAUAUCAUCAAAGUCUG